CUCGCUUGCGCUUCGAAGUUCGUAUAUUUGCCUUCGAAAGCGUUCCGCCCCAUCGAGGAAGCGUCUUUGCAGAGACCGCGACGUUCUAUUGCCGACCCCCACCCCACCCCCCUUCUGCUUAUCGCCAUGUCGAAGCUGUCGAAGCUUUCGUCGGCGUAUGACGCCUCGCUGCACCCCCGCCCCUUCAUCCCCGCCCCCGGCAAGACCACCGGACCGCAGCAGUGCCGCAGCCAGGCCCGCAAACCCGCGAAAGACGGGAAGAAUCCCUCUGGGCGCCGCGCUGAGGACGAGGCUGAGGACACUGCAGUGGGGUUGAAGGAGGUGGCUCGGCCGCAGGCCGUGAUAUCGACGGGAGUGCCCAGUGUGGAAACGGGCAACAGCACUCCCGUUGAUAUCACGGCGCCGCCAACCGUUCCCCCCCGCUUGAAGUUGACUAUGGCGCCAUGCAUGCGCCUGCAGUGCAGCGUUCUUUCGCGUCGCCGCCAUCGCACUAUCGUCCCGUCCCGCUGCCGGUGCCCGUCAUCGGCGACCCCCGGCUGAUGUCGUCAUAUCCGCCUUUCUCAGCCCCUCGCACCCGCCUGCAUUCCGAGACCUUCGGAAAGCUGAUAUCGUUUGAGGACAUUCCCACAGGGCACCUCAUCCCUGUGUAUAUGUUCUUCGGCACACCUGUGGCUUUGGCCGAGGCCAAGUGGGUGGCUGAUUUGGCGGCCAUGGGGCUCAAGGCGAAGAUGAUGGGCGGAAAGGUGGACGAGGAGACGGGAGAGGCCGUGACGGGCGGAUAUUGGGUGGAGACCAUCCAGUGACACGACACGAUAGCGACACGAGGACACACAGACGCAAAGGAGAGUGUGUGUGGGAACGGUGUGUGUGUGAGAGUGGUUUGAUAUGCGGCUGGGUGGAUGGGUGGUGUGUGGUUGGUGUGAGAGAGCUAAUGAUAAGGAGAGGGAUGUGACACGUACGUGAACAUCCGCCCUGUCUCUCUCGGUGUGAUGGAUGGCGAUGGGGGGGAUGGAUGGAUGGAUGGAUGGGUAUGAUCGAGGGUUUUCAACGAAUGCGUGCAGCGCAGUUUCUGCAGUGAUGUGCUGUGUGAUAAACAUAAGCCAUGAUCACAUGAUCCACUAGAGGUUACUUACCUUCAUGAUUGAGUUGGUGAUUUCUCGGCUGUUUCUCCUCCUUUUCGGAUGAGCGAGCGUGUAUCGGACUACACCCAACCCCCUCCACCUACCCUCAUCCCGCGAGACGGCGGCGGGCCCCCCUGUUGCGCAUGCAACGAGAAAGGGACGUCUGCGCUGUCCACAUGCAGCCGACGAUGUGACUGCCGGAAUCACAAGCGCCUCUGCACUAACUGUGUUAACUGCAAGCGCGGCACAUGCACGAAUUUUGCGUAUCCGGCGGACCCGGCCGUUUGCGAUGAUGAUGAUGAUGAUGAAUCGGAUGCCGUCUCUGGAUGGAUUCGCUCUCGCUUGUCUAUCGCCCUCGCGCGUGCGACUAGCUUCUGUCUGCGUGGUGCUGAUGGGACUGUAUUUGUAUGAGUAUCACGGACACACAGACGAGUGUUACGGUUAAUGACAGUUUCCACUGUGCUGUGUGCAUCACACAGGUCGCUCUCUUCAGAUUUGCUCUCUUGCUCUCAAUCAUGCCUCGCUGCAGUGGGUGGGGCUACUUACUGCAUGUGCAUAUGUACGUGUGCAAUUGAGUGUUCUUCCUUCCUUCCUAUCGAUCUGUGUGCGUCCGUGUAUCGUGGGCUGUGAGCUGCCUAUUUUUCCCUCGAUCUCUGCUUUGGCGAGAGGAGGACAGACAGAUGGAUGGACACAUCGAUGUGACAAAUGGAUGGGUGUGGUGGAUGGUGAGCCUCUCUUGCGUGCAGACGGACAGACAGACCGCUUCACUUUCACAUCAAUGUACAAUAGAAAAC